AUGCGGCGGUCACGGAGUCGGAUGCUAAGUCUCGUGGCUGGAAUUACCGUAGUUGCGUUGGUGUUACAAGUUCUUAUUCUUUACCGUAGUGAUGUUUACCAGCACUACCGUGAACCACUCGGAUCCAAACGCUACAUCAGUGAUGGGGACCCGGUCAGCCAAAGGGAACCAGUGAAGGCCCGUUUGUCAGGAAUCGAAUCUCUCGCCGGUGACUGGAGACAAGAGGCAACCAUUUUCCCCACGGGGAACUUGACAAAUCGUAUGUUGACGAUCGGUAUUCCAACAAUUGAACGACAAAAAGGUUCCUACUUUUUCCAGACGUUGGAGUCUCUAUUCAAUUAUACUACAAAUGCCGAGUUAACGGAUAUGUACAUUGUUGUCUUCCUUGCUGACUUUAAUGAUGAAUGGAAGAAAAAUAUGUCCGAAACACUGAAACAGAAGUACCCAAAUCAUAUCCAAUCAGGCUUGCUACAGGUCAUACAGGCACCACAAACCUUCUACCCUUCGUUAACAAAUCUACAACAUACCUAUAACGACCCAGAAGAGAAACGAAAGUGGCGUUCAAAGCAGAACGCCGAUUAUGCAUUUUUGUUUAUGUACAGCCAGCCAUUAUCGACCUAUUACAUGCAGCUAGAAGAUGACGUUUACACCGUACCUGGGUAUAUGCAGAGCAUUAGUGAUCGUAUUAUAAAUGAGUCAGAAGGAUGGGUGUGUCUGGAAUUUUCGGAAUUAGGAUUCAUAGGAAAAUUGUUUCAUUCUAAAGAUUUGGAAAAAUUAGCGAAAAUGACUAUAUUGUUCUAUGAAGAACAACCAGUAGAUUUCACAUACUUGUAUUUCAAUAUAUUAAUGUUACAAUUUCAAAGACGGAUAAUCCAUCCGACGUUGUUUCAACAUAUUGGUGUACAAUCAUCACUUCCUGGGAAAAUUCAGCCAUUAAAAGACAGAUUUUUUGAUGUCAUGAAAAAACAGCUUAAUGGAGAAAAUCCGCCAGCAAAAGUUUUCACAACCAUAGAAACUAUGCCAGAAUUUCCACCAAAUAUGGCAUAUGAUUCGAUCGAUGGUUAUUUUUGGACCCACGUGGCACCUAGAAAUAAAGACACUAUAACAGUUGUGUUCAACACACCGCAGCAUAUUGACAAAGUAAUUAUUGAUACCGGGUCGAAAGAACACCCGACUGACCGUCUAGAGCAUGGCAAGCUAGAAGCCAGUCUUAGUCUGGUCGAAAAAACAGACACACACGCGGUGUGUACAAAUGACAUUUUUCUUGGAACAUUUCAGAAUGGAAUGGUAAAAGUGACAGAUUUAGGGAAAAAACUUGGCCCGUUUACAGUCCAAUGUCUUCGUGUGACAGUGACUGAGGAUCAAGCAUUUUGGCUGAUUGUCCGUGAGAUAGCCGUGUUUACCAGUAAAACAAAAGACGUUGAAAAUAAGCCUCAAUAAGCCAAUCGAUGUCACAUACAUGUAGUUAGGUCAUUAGUAUUAAUCCUCUCAUGUCGUUACUUAUGCUUCAUCCAAUUUUCAUCAUUGUCCUUACUGCUCUUCUAUGAUGUUACUUCAGUUGUCUUCAUACUUUCAACUCAACCUUGUCCGAAAGGUCCGUCCACUUUUCAUGAACUAUUUAGUUGAUUUUGACAUUAUUUAGUCUGAAGCAUCUUUGUGGGAAGAGCACUCAAUUUUGAGUAAACAGUGGGUCUCGGCCUGCAGGUUCUGAGGGAAUGAGCUAUAAAGUGAGAUAAUUUCUAAUUCUUUUGAGUCUUUUUUCUUCAUGUUUGUCCCAAUUUGGUCUGAAGCACCCUCGUGUGGAGAGGGCUCACCUCUGUAUAAACGAGGGGAGGAAGGGAACGAUUCCACAGCGAAUGAAUGGUAGGUCAGUUAGAAUCAUAGAGGAAGCUAUUUUAAAUCUCUUUUCUCUUUAGGAUAACGGUAAUACUACCAAAUAUGGUCAUGAGUAUCAUUAGAUAAAUGGGAUGUAAAAUAAUUCUUUAAAUUCACCUUCUAGGAUUAAUUCGCCACUAUGCUUGUAAUUUGAAUGUUUUGAGGCGAUUGCUGAUAUGUCCAGGUGAAUGAUAGAAGCUGUAGGUUCUAUGGAUCUCUUGUUCCUUUAAUGCGAUAUGAACAGAACGUUUAUCAUUUUUUUUUUUUUAAGAUUUUCUACAACAGCGUAACUCCGCCAGUCUUUAUUCUUUGGCGAAUUGGAAUGUUUAGCAAAAUGUUGUUUAAUAGGUGUGUAAUGAGGAUUAAAUUAACAAAUUAACAAACAAUGGACUUUGAUCGCCAGUAAUGAUGCGCCAAUAUCGGAUACAGUAUAAAAAAUACUGGCUUACCGUUUACCAGCCAAUCACACUAAAGUCUUCACAUUUUUUUCUGAAUUUGUCGUCAAAGGGAUUCACAUUAUUAGUACGCACCAACAACAUAAUCUGGAGUAAAAAUACAAAUAUGUUUCGUACCCUACAAAACUUAACUUAUACAGACAACAAUCUAACCGGUAGGUGGAACUUACUCUGUCCCAUCUGUGGUCUCAUUAAAUCUUCUUUGUAUGACCAUCUAUUUGUCUCGAUGUCCUAAGUUUCCUCAUAGGGUUCUUGGUUACUAGGGUAGAGUCCCUUUUUGGCUUGCGAAGAUGCGACUUUUAAAAGUGGAUGUUUUACUGCUCGAGGUUUGUUGUAAUACUGCGCGUUGGGCCAUGAUUCCGGAAGAGGUUUUAAAUCUUCCUUUUGGGAUAUCGUUUCCUCUGCAACAAAAACACACUACUUUUCCACAGCGCCAUGCUCUGUACAAGAAACAUGUUAUAUAAGUUCAUAAAUGAUAAGUCACAGGGAAGACUCGAUAUGUGUUUUUAUGACUAUUUCGAUGACUGCAAGCGCAAUCCCCACUAAAAAACAUGGAACAUUAUGUAUUCGGAUUCGUUUGUAUAUAAUGAGCUCAUUAAAACUAUUUAAAGUGUCUUAAACAGAAUGAA